GUUCAAUAGAUAUAUUUAUUAAUCAUUUUUUUUAAUAUAGGUCUGCCCAUCCAACAACAACAACAACAACAGUAUUAUCAUCCAGAAGAGUAUCACAAAAUCCUAGUUAUUGCUUUCGGAGCUGCACAAUUUUCCAACACAAUGCAUGGACUACCUACUGGGUUGGCUGAACUUUGUCGUGAUAUUUUGAAGAGAGCAGAACGCCGAGGUGAACUUAUCGUCUUAGACAUAAAUGAAUAUAAUACAAGCCAGUGGAAAAAAACUGUAGAUUUGACUGUUGAAGAACGUAAUCUAUCAUCUGUGGCUUACAAGAAUAUGAUUGGUGCUCGUCGUGCUUCCUGGAGAAUUGUAUCUUCUAUUGAACAAAAAGAAGAAAGCAAGAAUCAUAAAGAAAAUAUCGCUCAAAUCAAGGAAUAUCGAAAGAAGAUUGAAUCUGAAUUAUAUGGUGUCUGUCAUAAUAUUUUGGACUUGUUAUCUGUCCAUUUGAUCCCUGCUGCCCAAGAAGAUGAAGCCAAAGUAUUUUAUUUUAAAAUGAAAGGUGAUUACUAUCGGUAUGUUGCUGAAUAUGCCACUGGUGAAGAUCGUGAGAAAGCUGCUACUUCUGCUAAUGACGCUUAUAAGGAGGCUACUAGGAUUGCAGAAAGUGCCCUUGCCCCUACUCAUCCUAUUCGUCUUGGUCUUGCCUUGAACUUCUCGGUGUUUUAUUAUGAAAUCUUAAAUUCUCCUAGUCGUGCUUGUCAACUCGCCAAGCAAGCCUUUGAUGACGCUAUUGCUGAAUUGGAUACUCUUAGUGAAGAAUCUUACAAGGACUCUACUUUGAUCAUGCAAUUAUUACGGGAUAACUUGACUCUUUGGACUUCUGAUCUUCAAGAAGAAAGCGACAAGACCGACGAGUCAAGAUCUGAAGAAGAAUCCCAAGAAUAGCCUUUCUCCCUCUCUUAUCUCCAUUUAUCAUCACUUAUCUUUAUUUUAUUCAUUCUUCCCGUUUAUAUCUUGCCCUCCCUCUUGAUAUCAUAAUAAAAAUAUAUGUUUUUUUUUUAAAAAAAAA